CGGCUCCCUCUGGCCCGCGGUGCGGUGCGCGCCUGCGCUGGCCCUCACCUCUGAGCAGCCAUGAUGGAAGGCCUGGACGACGGCCCCGACUUCCUCUCGGAGGAGGACCGCGGACUUAAAGCAAUAAAUGUAGAUCUUCAAAGUGAUGCUGCUCUGCAGGUGGACAUUUCUGAUGCUCUUAGUGAGAGAGAUAAAGUAAAAUUCACUGUUCACACAAAGAGUUCAUUGCCAAAUUUUAAACAAAAUGAGUUUUCCGUUGUUCGACAACAUGAGGAAUUUAUCUGGCUUCAUGAUUCCUUCGUUGAAAAUGAAGACUAUGCAGGUUACAUUAUCCCACCAGCACCACCAAGACCUGAUUUUGAUGCUUCAAGGGAAAAACUACAGAAGCUGGGAGAAGGAGAAGGGUCCAUGACGAAGGAGGAAUUCACAAAGAUGAAACAGGAACUGGAAGCUGAAUAUCUGGCAAUAUUCAAGAAGACUGUUGCAAUGCAUGAGGUAUUCCUGUGUCGUGUGGCAGCACAUCCUAUUUUAAGGAAAGAUUUAAAUUUCCAUGUCUUCUUGGAAUAUAAUCAAGAUUUAAGUGUGCGAGGGAAAAAUAAAAAAGAGAAACUUGAAGAUUUUUUUAAAAACAUGGUUAAAUCAGCAGAUGGAGUAAUUGUUUCAGGAGUAAAGGACGUGGAUGAUUUCUUUGAGCAUGAACGAACAUUCCUUCUAGAAUAUCAUAACCGAGUUAAGGAUGCAUCUGCUAAAUCUGAUAGGAUGACAAGAUCCCACAAAAGUGCUGCAGAUGAUUACAAUAGAAUUGGUUCUUCAUUAUAUGCUUUAGGAACUCAGGAUUCUACAGAUAUAUGCAAGUUUUUCCUCAAAGUUUCAGAACUGUUUGAUAAAACGAGAAAAAUAGAAGCACGAGUGUCUGCUGAUGAAGACCUCAAACUUUCCGACCUUUUAAAAUAUUACUUAAGAGAAUCUCAAGCUGCUAAGGAUCUCCUCUAUCGAAGAUCUAGGUCAUUAGUGGAUUAUGAAAAUGCUAAUAAAGCACUGGAUAAAGCAAGAGCGAAAAAUAAAGAUGUUCUACAGGCUGAAACGUCCCAACAAUUAUGUUGUCAGAAAUUUGAAAAAAUAUCUGAAUCUGCAAAACAAGAACUCAUAGAUUUUAAGACAAGAAGAGUUGCUGCAUUCAGAAAAAAUUUAGUGGAACUGGCAGAGUUAGAACUGAAGCAUGCAAAGGGUAACCUACAGUUGCUGCAGAACUGCCUGGCAGUGUUAAAUGGAGACACAUAAGCCGCACUCCACCUUCUAGUUAAAAAGGGCUGCCUUCCUUCAGAUUGUAUUUUUGUUUUCUUAAUGAUGUUAGGCAUUUACUGCUCACUGGAAACAAGAGAAACAGCUGACAAAGUGCAUCUACUCUCCUUUCUUCUGAGAAACAAUGGAGCGGUGCUGUCCACAAGUGUGCCAGUCUGGUGAACGCCGCACUCCUGCACCUACGUGCUCCCCAGAGCAGCUGUCACUCCUCGUGCGCUCCUCCUCAAAAGCCCAAAGUUCAGUCUUUUUUAAAGUAGCCUCUAUAACUGUUUAUUUUAUGAAUAGUAUUCCUUAUGGCUGCCAAUCUUAUUUACCUUUAAGUAAUUUCUGAAGUUUAACCCUUUCAAAAAUGUAUUCUUCAAACAAGAUAAAGAUUGCCAUUACCUUUUUUGAAUUUUGUUUUUAAAAAAUUGUAUACCACGUUAGCUCAUUCAUGUAUCCUGGUAAAGCAUCUUAAUCAGACUUAUUUUUAAUUAAUGAAUAUUUCUUAGAAGUUUUGGGACAGACUUUAUGUAAUCUUUCUAAGUAUGAUUUCUGAAAAAAAGCAAAUGCAUUAGUAUGUUUGCCUUAAACUUGUAGACUAAACCAACUAUUGUCAAAUAAACAGUGAUAACAGUGAUGGUUUUUAAUUCUCUGGUCAUUGUAUCACUCUAAAACCUGGAGUAGCUAUAAUAAAUCUACUCAUAUAAUGCUUGACGGAGCAGGUCUUAGUUUUUCGUAUUUCCUUUAAAGCAGCAUAGUGAACCAAGUUCACCAACCCCUUUACAAAACAAUGAACUGCUUCUCUGCUUUUAGCACUUCAUAGAAAAUGAAAUUGGGCAGAGGCAGGUUAGGGACAGCUGUUUCUAAAGUGCAAGAGCUAAGAAUAUGGUCUGUUAUGGUGUCCUGAGUUCAUCCCUAGCUCAGCCAAUUAACCAUAUGACAUAUGACAUUGAGCUACUUGGUAGUUGCCAUGCUAGUGUAUAGAUUGGUACAUAGAAAGAGGGCUGCUACAGGGACCAGCACUUGAUGCGGGGAAAAUACUGCAGUAUUUGGAAUAAAAGGGUACAAAAAGGAUACUAAGUACCAGUGCUUAUAUUACAAAUAUUGGCCUUUCUAAUGUGAAUGAACAUUAUGUCAUACCUAGUUUAAAAUUAGAUUGAGUAGCUGAAUUUUUCCACUGUCUUUUUCUAAUUUUUAUUCCAUUUGGAAACAGGCAUUUGGGUUGGUCACCCCUCAGAUGGGCUCUCCGUUUGUUUGUGUUUUCCCAAACCGUCCUGAAAAAUGCCUGGACUAGGUCCCAAGGCCAGUCCCCAUGAUUCCAGCCUUCCUCCACAGCUUGUUCUCUUGUCUCACUGCUGUGCUGGUUAAUGUUUCUCUCUCUAACGUUUCCCAAUGCCCUUUGAACUGUUGAUUUUUCUGUUGGCUGAGAGAUCUGUGUUUUAUCCUUCAUGUCACCUUCACUGGUAAAAAUUUACCCAUGUGAUGCUCACCAGUGGGUGAACAUGGGACGGAGAGCCCUAGCUUAUGGAUUUGGUGCCCUUCCUUCACCCGGUACCCUUGGCCUCAGGCAGGUUCACUUGACCUCUCUCUGCCUGUUUCUCUGCUAUAAAUGACAUAUUGACCUACCUCACAGGGGUGUUGUGAGGAUUAAUAAAUGGUACAUUGCUUUGGAAA